AUGCUUCUGGAAUUGUUAUGCGUGGCUGUUGGGCUAAUAAUCGCGUUGCUGUAUUAUGUCCUAUCCCUCGAGUCACCAAAUCAGUGUUGCACUAUGGUGGUUUUGGGCUCAGGCGGGCACACUGCGGAAUUGCUCUCCUACGUGUCUCAGCUCCCUCCCGUGUAUUCACCCCGGAUAUAUGUGGUAGCAUCAACAGACGAACUGAGUGGAAUCAAGGCACAGGCCCUGGAGAAGGACCGCGGUGCUGAUGAUUUUUUCGUAGAAAAUCUACCUCGAGCUAGAGAAGUCGGACAAUCUUACCUCACAAGCGUUUUCACCACAUGUAUUGCCAUCGUUGCCUCGGUCUUAAUUGUACUAAGGCACCGUCCUCGACUUGUCCUCUGCAACGGCCCUGGGACGUGUGUUCCAAUUUGUCUGGUGGCUAAAAUGGCACAGCCGUUCAUUCGUGGAUCGACUACCAUAGUAUUUGUUGAGAGUGUCUGUCGAACACGUAGUCUUUCUGUUUCUGGUCGUCUGCUCUACCACUUUCGGGUAGCUCGCGUCAUCGUUCAGUGGCCCUAUCUUCUUCAAGCCUACCCGAGAGCUACUUACCUUGGUCUUCUCUCCUAG